AUGGAGAGACGAAAAGGUUCAUAUAAAUGGGGAAAAAAUGAUAAACAUUUAGGACAACAAAAUUUCCACACAAAUGCUUACAAUAAGUUCCGAAGCCAAACAUACGUUACAUUAUUAAAUAUCGAACUCACUAACACAUUUGUGUGUCGCAUGAAAAAAACUAUGCUUGUGAAAGGAUCAGUCGUCUUAAUUCUGUUGUUGUGUUUGGCGACAUUAGCUGAAGCAAAACGAUGCUUACAUACAGUAUGCAGUUCAAACCAAAAUAAUACAAUUCGAGGAUGUGAUAGACAAGGUUGUGGUUACCAUGGUGCCAAAAGGGGACGUAGAAAACAUAAUGGUGUAGAUAUCAUCUGUACACCAGAGAGCAUAGUGUACUCACCUUUUAACGCCACUAUUGUCAGAAGAAGUACACCCUAUAGCAAGGGCGGUAGUUAUAACAAUGGCUUAAUGAUGGCAGGGUCUGGGAAGUGGAAGGGUGAGAUUAUUGUGUUGAUAUGGCGGCGUGAAAAAAUUCGUGUUACGUACUCAUCAAAAAGCAAAUGUGACAUUUGUUUUACAAUCAAACUGUGGUAUUUCAAACCGUUCAAAACAAAAGGUUUUGUGGUUGCAGGAACAAAAAUUGGAAUAUCUAGAUCACUACCGUACGUGGGAAUAACACAACAUUUGCAUUUGCGACUGCUGAAGAACGGAAUUUUUGUCAAUCCUUCUAAUUAUAUAUGUUAGCAUUUAUGCACGAACAUAUAAAGUGAAAAAUACGUUCAAAAUAUGCAUUGUGCUUCUCAACUAGGGGGAUAGUUCUCAACGACAUCGCGUUUUAAAUAUGUAUUUUAGUUCACAGGUACUCUCUUUAACUAAGUUACGAAGUUAGGUCAAUUUACACAAAAAAAUCGGAAAAUACAUUCGACUUUUUAAUUAUUUAAUUAUAUCUUAUUGGAGAGUUCAGUAAUUUUAACCAAGAAGUGUGAAAAACAGAAUGUUUGUUGAAAUGCUUUGUCGACUACUCUGAGUUGAUUGCUCAAAGCUGAGCUUUAACACUCCUGCAAAAAAUUGUUGGGAAAAUGUGAUAAGAAAAUCAAGCCUUUUUAUUAUUUAUGACGUUAGAAUCUCUUUACUGUUUCCUCCCCUUUCCCCUAAAGGUAAUGUUACUUAUCUUUAAGGUUCAUGGAGUGCUUCUGUUAGUAUCAGCCAAGCAUUUUCAAAAUUCAACAUUGAUUUUUGGUAAAGGGAGAGCUCAAAAAAAAAUUCCCCGGCAAGCGACGGAUCAUCGCCAUUUUCUCUAUAUUUAAUUGGCACCUUGUGAUCAAUGUGCCACUCUCCAUAAUUGUCCCAGGUCAUAACCUCAGAGAACUGAGCCUCGAUAUGGACCCAGAGCGUAGCUAUGUCGCACCCGAGAUACUCCUGGGAACUGAGCCC